GCGUGCCGGGGUGCGGACCGCCGAGCGGCCGUGGUGGCAUUCUCUGGUGCCCACGGUGUGGACGGCACCACACGCCUUCCCCCGGACGACGGCGGCUCUUGCGUGCAUCUUCCAGUGCUUCCUGUGCCAGAAGACCCCUCGGAGCCGCAGCUCGCCCAGCGCCGGCGCCGAGCUGAGUGAGGAGCGGCCCGCAGACAUGGUGAAGAUGACCAAGUCCAAAACUUUCCAGGCGUACCUGCCCAGCUGCCACCGCACCUACAGCUGUAUCCACUGCAGAGCCCACCUGGCCAACCACGACGAGCUGAUCUCCAAGUCCUUUCAGGGAAGUCAAGGACGAGCCUACCUCUUCAACUCCGUGGUGAACGUGGGCUGCGGCCCCGCUGAGGAGAGGGUGCUGCUCACCGGACUGCACGCGGUGGCGGACAUCUACUGCGAGAACUGCAAGACCACGCUGGGGUGGAAAUACGAGCACGCCUUUGAGAGCAGCCAGAAGUACAAGGAAGGCAAGUUCAUCAUUGAGCUUGCCCACAUGAUCAAGGACAACGGGUGGGAGUGAAGGGAGCGCUAUUUUGUGAAAGAGAUGCUGAAUGUAAUGGCAACACAGAGCUGCUCGGAUGACACUGUUUCUUGAACUUGAACCUGGCAGGCUGGCCUUGCGUAGCUUGCGACGCUGGACGGCUGUCGCGUGGGUAAGGUGCCCCUCUGGCCCGUGUCUUCUGUCCCCUCCAUACAUGGGUGUUGUUUCUGAAAAUCGCCAGGGACCUUUUUCUAGCUUGUCACGUUCUUGAGGAAUAAUGAGCCUGCUGACGACCCAGCCGCCCGGUUAACGCCCCCUCGCAGCCUGUGCUGACCCUGGGGCUUGGCCGUGCGCUGUCGCCUACAACAGCAGACCACGUGGGGGCUCGGAGGCCACGGCCACAGGGGACAGGCUGUCCUGGGGUGCCCUGCCGUUCUGAGAUUGAAGAUGUGGUACCCCCCACCCACACACACACACACACACACACUCCAGUUGCAAAACUACGAGCGGGUUCUUCCUCUUGAACUGUUAAGGCCGAGUGCUGAGAAUCCUCCAGGAGCAGCCAACAGUGUACGUGCCCAGGGUGGGCUGGUUUGUUUUGUUUUGGUUUUGGUUAUUUUAGGCUGGCCAAAAACAGAGGAUGUCAUGAAACCACUUUAGAGCAGCUAUAAAGAGAGCAAUGCAUCUAAUAGAACAUGUGUUUAUUUAAGGCAAUAGAUUUGCUUAUCUAGAAAGCAAAAGAACCCUGUCGCUAAAGACUGCCCAGGGACCCCCCACACACACAGCCGUCGCUGAGGCAACAGCCUGGCUGGGGAGGCCGGGAGUGGGCUCAAGCAACAGCCGUCACCGGGUGGCUGGUCCACGUGGUUAGAGUAGCACACUGGACCAAGGAGAAGCUGGGUCUUUGUUUUCUACCCUGGAUCUACUUGAAGAAAAAGAUUAUUUUUGCGUAGGAGAGAGGCCAGGACUGGUAGGGCCCACUCAAAGUCUGAGAUGUGGCCGGCUGCCUCCAGGGCCCGACCCUGGCCGCCGCAGGUGCGUGGGGACCAUACAGGGAGGGCAGUGUGCGAGGGCCAGCUCGCCAAGGCCAGGGACUAGGCACUGUCCGCGGGGAAGUUUGGGUCUCCCUACCUUUUGCAGCUCCACUCAGAGAGCAGUGUGCCCGGGGUCCUGUCCAGCCUGAGGACGCGCUGGGUCUGCCCGCCCAGCCCAGUGCCACCUCUGCCCCACAGGGGAGCCCUGGCAUGUGGGCAAGGCUGCUGCCCCCGGCCCUGGGGGACGAGGCUGCGCAGCGCUCAGAGGGACAGCAGCCAGCUACCCAAGCUCGUCCUCACCCUGGCAAAGGCAGCGGGCUCCCAGGCCAGUGCCCCCGAGCGCCGAGGCUGGCCCUGCCUGUCCCCUUGCCACCUGCAGGCUGCCGUGGCCCGGGGCCCCCGUGCCUGGUGUGGGCUGUGGCGGCAUCUGCCCGACGUGUGCGGACAGCCGACCCGGGGCCCCCGGGCCCUGCGUGCUCUCAUGGGAGGCAGAAUCUUGUCACUCUUGGGAGCGAUUUUUUGUAUAUACUGAAAUUCUAUUUAAAGCUUUUCUAUGUUCUGGGCCACUUUCCUGCCCCCUCACUCCGAGCAGCUUGGUUUUUGUAGUCGUUUGUGACGGCCUCGGGGAGUUUUGUACACAGUGCUCUGAGGACGGACUGUGUGUGUAUAUAUAGAUAUUAUCUUUUUUAAUGGGUACCGACAACACUCGCGUCAAUUCCUUUGUUGGCCUUCAAAACGCGGGCUCCUUUGUAAACCACAUGAACUGAGGUGAGCUGGCCGCAGGGGCUGACAGCCAGGUCUGCUGGGGCAUUGCACCCUCAGCGGCUCAGCAGGUAGCACCGGGCGACUCAAUUAUUUCACUUAUUGGGUAACUUGUCCUUGAAGGGGAGGUGACCCAGGGCUUCUCAGCUGCAGCGACUGUGAGGGCACGGGGCGGGGCACGCGGCUCAGCCUGGCGCGGUUUUACAGGUACACGCACAGUAUUUUUAUACCGUAGUGCUUAUUCUUGCUGGCAUCUGUCAUCGAGAAAGGAUCAGAAAGGAGGAUUUUUCAGAAAAGUACUUUAUUUGACCUGAAGACCUCAUCGGGUCAUAACAAAACCCAAGUGGCUUGAGUGUUCUAGAACACUGGGCUCGCAGCCCCACCGAGAAGCGCCGAGCCGCCGGGCCCAGCGGGAGCGCCCGGCCUCCCCGUCCUGUGUCUGUGUGAGGUUUCAGAAUAAAGCUGCUGCUGCUGUCCCCGGUGUCUGUGACAGUACUGCCCCCCCCCCCACGGUGCUGCCAGAGCAGGGGGCGGGGCUGUGAGUUCGUGUCCGCCCCCUC